AUGGGGCGCAAGCCUGCUUCCCCCUCGUUUCUAUCUCCGCCUGCAAGUGGCGUCCUUGCAGGGGCGGUGGUGCUGGCUAUCCUUUUGACGGCCACCUCGGCCCAACAACAGUCGGCUGAUGGAAAUCUCGGAUUCGAUUUCGUUUAUCAAAAUGCUCCCAUCGAGCUGACGCUGGAACAUCGACCGAAGCGAAGUCUGCAAAACCCUCACCCCUACACGGCCUCUGCCGCUGCUGCUCUUGCGCUCCAACAGCCGAUCGCGAGGCAAGCCGAGCCCACACCAAAGCUGGCUCCCAUCUCGCAGACGUACACGGCGCUCGACUGCUACGCCCGGUGGAAGUUCCGUGCGCUGUUGGAUGGUGCUGGGUACAAGGUGCACAACGACACUGUGCCCCUGUGCGACAACGGCGCCGAGUUCUAUGCGGUGAUCGGCGUGGGCACCCCGCCGCAGCAUUUCUACGUUCAGUUUGCCGUGCCGGCUGCGGGCUGCACGACCUGUGCGGGCCAUGCUGCGGACCGGUACAAGCGAAACAACUCCUCCACAGCGCACGGCUACUCGUGUGCAGACGUCUUUCACUGCACGGCCAUGCGGUGCUAUGGCGACACCUUCGAAUGCGGUGUCUUGCUCAAGGAGAAGCUGACGUUUGGCAAUCGCACGUUUGACGGCAUGUUCGGGGCCAUCUACGAGGCGGCCGGCACCUUCUCCGCCACCUACCAAGUGGACGGCAUUCUGGGCCUCUCCUACUUCUCGGAUCUCUCCUGCUUGCCCAACUGUGUACCGCCGCUGUGGGACAGCAUGGUCUCGGCAUUCAAUCUGCCGGAUGUAUUCGCCUUGGACUUGCCCGCACCGAACAAGGGCGUGGCCAAGCUCACACUCGGCGGCACCGGCCGCGCUCGACCCGAUGAUGUGCACUGGACGCCGAUCAUGCAGGAGAGCUACUACGUCGUCGACCUGAAGGAGGUCGACGUCGCGGGCGUACCGAUCAAAUAUGAUCCUGCCGACAUGGGUCAAGUCAUCGUAGACAGGAACAUCUUUGAAGCGCUCAAAGAGGGCUUCCUCUCGGGCAAAUGCACGUAA